AUGGUGCCUACCUACUCCUUGAUGGGACCUUUCAGAGGACACAUGAGUCUCAAAAGUAGCCCUUUUUCUCCCGGACCUUCCUGCAAACUCUCCAGCCAGUACAUCAUUCAAGAUCACAUGGCUGCUCAUUUCAAGAAACUGAUGUCUGCCAAAGCUGCUGUUGAUUCAUCUGCACCGAAGAGUUUGCAUACCAGUGUUAAAUACAAGGAUCAACAGAAAAGAGACAGACUAAUUCAAACCCUUGAAAAAUAUAAGAGGGAUCUUGUACGGAGUCUUCCUGCCACACCAUUCAACUCCAGAAGUGUUUCUCCAAGCCAGCAGAAGAUGAGGAGGUCACCGUUGGAAAAUGGUCACCCAUAUUUGACAUCUGGUUGGAACAACUCUUCCAGAACAAAGAGAGAGCAGCCUCCCUCUGUAUCAUUUCAGAAGUUCACUUCAAGGACUCUGAUGCCAGCUCCUGCUGCAAGAAGGUCUAUCCCAAAUGGUGCUCCAUGUGCUUUGUCUCAGACUCCUGUUCACAACUCCAGUACAGACAGAUCAUCUGCUUCACUGCUUCUGCGUUCUCGCACGCAUUUGGGCAGUCGCAACACGAAGAAGGCAUUUCAAAACUCUGUUCAUAAAACAUACUCUGGGGACCUCCUGGACAGACAUUCAGCCUAUUUUACAGAAAAGAAGCAAUGUUUUAGCCCUCGGAUCUUAAAGACAUCACAUCAAUCUUUUCUUAUGAAGUAUAGGUAUUAUAAUCCUCCUUCAAGAAAAAGGAGCUCCUCCCCUAGCAGACCACCAUUUAAAUCAUCAGACAUCAGUAACGAAAAGAAAAGCGAGUUGCACAGAUUUUUAGAAGAUUCACACGUGAGACCCCAUUCUGUUCACUUCUCUCAGCAGCCAGUUGAGAACUGUGAAUUGUGGAUUCAAAAUUCUGAAAUGCCACUUUUUCCAGGAUUACAAUUUGAAGAAAAAGAAGAAGAGUAUCUUCGCUUUCUUCAGGAUCUCACUAAUGAUAUUUUGAUUAGAAGUUGUUAUCACAGAGAGGCAUUAGAAGAUGUAUUUCAAAUGCACAUUAAAAGUAAGAGGCAUAACCUUGAUGAGGUAAAAAUGACAAGAAUAGUUCAAGGCCUGAAGAAAGAGUUGAACAUCACAAACCGACCACACCUUUACAUCAGCUGUGAGGGCACAUGGCAAAAGGAUGCCAACAUUCCUGCGACGUGCUUUUAACUCACAGUUUUGGGCAUUUCAGAGAGCAUUCAAAAUCAGUUGGGACAGCGAACUAGUUUUUACACCAAUUACAAUGUAAACCUUGGGUAAACAGGAAAA